UUCUUCCUCCAGAUCCCUCUCCUCACCAACCCCAAAUAAACGUUUCUGAGUCUGUAAAGAUUUGAGGGUUGAAAGGUAAGCAUCAAUGGCGGACAGUGUUGUUACUUUCCUCCUACAGUACUUGCCCCGGCUGCUCGCAGAUGAAGCAAAUCUCCUUCAUGGAGUGACGGGUGAAGUCGAAUCACUUCGUAGGGAGCUCAAUCUGAUUAAUAUCUUCCUCCAGAACUCCCAAGGGAAAAGGAACGAGCAUGGAAUAGUGAAGGAGGUAGUUAGGCAAAUCAGGGAUGCUGCUUACGAGGCUGAGGAUGUUAUCGACAUGUUCAUCAUCAACGCCGCAGAGCAGAGGAUGAGAAACAGGAUUUGGAAGCUGUUGCACUGCUUUAAUGAAGUCAACACGCUUCAUGUUGUUGCGAACAAGAUACAAGGUAUCAACAAACAAAUCAAUCAAAUCUUCGACAAUUUCAACAAGUAUGGCAUUGAAGGUGCUGAAGCAAGUGGAGAUGCGGCGGCAGAGGACCAGCUAAGCAGACGUAGGCAAGAAGAGGAGGACCAGCUACGCAGACGUAGGCGAGAAGUGGCGGACGAUGAUGUGGUUGGCUUUGUUGAUGACUCAGCGAUAUUGGUGAGGCAGCUUAUUGAAGGGAGUUCAAAGCUUGAUGUCAUUUCAAUCAUCGGCAUGGGUGGGUUGGGCAAGACCACUCUUGCCAAGAAAAUCUACAAUAAUGACCGAGUCAGGGGUCACUUUGCUUUCCGUUGGUGGGUGAAUGUAUCUCAAGAUUUUAGCCCCAUUGAGUUAUUGCUUGAAAUUUUGCAGUCCCAACUGUCAAAAUCUGAUAGAGAAGAGUUGACAAAAACACUCGAAGUUAUGAGCAAAGAUGAAUUGAAAAUAGAGUACCUAGUAAAGAGGCUUUUUGAAUACUUGCAAGCUGGGGAAAGGCCAUACCUUAUAGUCAUGGACGACAUUUGGGAAACUAAAGUCUGGGAUGUGGUAAGAUCUGCAUUUCCAGAUAACUCUAACGGAAGCAGAAUAUUAAUCACCAGUCGUAUAAAAGAUGUGGCUUUACAUGCAAGCCUUACUUCUCCCUACUUCCUUCCAUUUCUUGAUAAAGAUGACAGCUGGAAACUUUUUCGUAAAAAAGUGUUCCGAGGAAAAGAAUGUCCUCACGAGUUGGAAAUCAUGGGGAGACGAAUCGCAGAAGGUUGCGGUGGCUUACCACUUGCAAUUGUGGUAUUAGGGGGUGUUUUAGCAAACCAAGAGAAGACAUUGCGAAUAUGGUCGAAUGUGAUUGGUGAUGUAAAUUGGUACCUUAAUACUGAGAAAACAAAAAUAUGCAAAGACAUUUUGGCCUUAAGCUACACCCACCUAUCCCGUCACUUGAAACCAUGCUUUUUGUAUUUUGGUGUAUUUCCAGAAGACUUUGAGAUCCCUGUGAGGCGAUUGGUCCGAUUGUGGAUAGCUGAAGGAUUCAUACAGAACACCGGCAAAAGAAGAAAAGAGGAUGUUGCUGAAGACUACUUGGAGGAGCUUAUUGAUCGAAGCUUGAUCCAAGUGGCUAGCAGGAGGAAGAAUGGAAGAGUAAAGACAUGCCGCAUUCAUGAUCUUUUGCGAGAUCUCUGCAUAUCCGAGAGUGCUGAAGAGAAGUUUCUUGGGGUUCUUACAAAUGAUAACCUUUUAUCCGCAAACAAAUUUCGCAGACUUUCCAUCCAGGGUAACUCUUUUGAUCUGUAUAUUUCUUCAAAUCCCUCUGACACUACAUGUGCCCGAUCUUUGUUUUGCUUUGACCGAGAGGAACGUGAGUUUAAUCGAAAGCCCAGAAAAUGGAUCGAGGAAAACUUCAAGUUGCUCAAGUUGCCCUACCUCGAGACCUUGGAUGUGAAGCACACCUCUAUCAUGUCUCUACCCAAUUCUAUUUGGAAGAUGAAACACCUUCGGCAUCUGUAUCUUGAUGGAAUACGCCUCGACAUGCCUGUGGAGAAAACAAGUAUUUCUCUUACUAGGCUCCAGACGUUAUGCGGAAUAUUUGUGGACAAGAAGAGUCCAGUGAAGAAUGGUUUGGAUCGAUUACUCAAUCUCAGGAAACUGGAUCUCACAUUUCAUUUAGACUCCGUUGAAGAAUUAAAUGAGUGGAUUGCAAGUCUGGAAGGACUUGAAUCUCUGAGUUUAAGAUCCAAGGACAUGAAUAGUGUACCUUCAAAGGUCGAAUUAAAGCCUCUGUCAAGCCUUAAGAAUCUCACCGACCUGUAUUUGCUUGGAAACUUACCAGCGCUACAAAAUGACUACUUUCCGCACAGUAUUAUAGUUCUUACUUUGUCAGUAUCAAAGCUGGAAAAUGAUCCCAUGCCAAUUCUUGCGAAGCUGCCAAAUCUUUCUGUCCUUAAGCUAUUGGCCGAUUCCUACACUGGAAAGGAAAUGGUGAGCCCGAGUGGAGGCUUCCCUAAGCUUUGCAUACUGAAACUCUGGAUGCUAAAAAAUUUGGAGACUUGGACCGUGGAGGAAGGAGCAAUGCCAGAUCUCAAGGAAUUGGAAAUCCGAAGCUGUCCCAAGCUGAAGGAACUUCCAGACCAGUCGUCCAAUCUGUGGGCUUCUCGGAAAAUAGUUUUAACGGCGAUGCCAAAUGAAUUCGUAGAGAAUGUUCAAGCCAAACAUCCCAACAGCUUAAUCAUCAACAACCAGCGGGCUCCGCUCUGA